AUGAUUUUCAAGUACAUCCGAGGGCCAACCCCUGGAAAUUUAUUUUGAUCCCGUGAUUCGCUUGUCCACUUACAUGUUGGCAUGGAUCAAAUGGGAUGGAGGUUGCCACCAAGAACGAAGCCAUUCUGGUGGCUUUAUUACAUUUGGUCCUUGACGACCACGCUGAUCACCUUUGUCUAUUUGCCGUACGGACUGACAAUGACCGGAAUCAAGAAGAUGAGUAGCUUCACGACCUCCGACCUGUUCACCUACGUUCAGACUCCGGUCAACGCGAAUGCCGCCAUGAUGAAGGGAAUUGCAGUACUGCUUAUGCGGAAACGAUUUUCCAGGGCUUUGGAGAUUCUGGAUCAAAUGGAUAAUCGAUGCACCAAGAUGCAAGAGAAAAUGCAGGUCCAUCGAUCUGUUGCAUUGUGCAACAUAAUCGUCAUUAUCUACUAUUGCGUAUACUUUAGCUACUUAACGCUUGCCGUUAUCGGAGCUUUACUUAUUGGAAAGAGUCCAUUCUAUCUGUAUAAUCCCCUGGUUGACCCAGAGGAACAUUUUUAUUUAACCACUCUAAUUGAAACGAUCGCCUUAAGUGGUCUUAUUUUGUCAAACCUUGUUUUAGACGUCUAUCCGAUAGUUUAUGUGUUCACAUUGCGAACACACCUUGGACUUUUGGAUCAGCGAGUUAAGAAUCUUCGACGCGAUCCGGAUAACAACGAGGAUCAGAAUUAUGCGGAGCUGUUGGACUGCGUCAAGGAUCACAAGAUGAUUGUCGAAUUUGGCAACUCGAUUCGUCCGAUGAUCUCUGCCACCAUGUUCAUUCAGUUGCUAUCUGUGGGCCUUCUUUUAGGUUUGGCAGCAGUUUCUCUGCAGUUUUUUAAUACCGCAAUGGAACGUAUUGUCUCUGCAUUCUAUGCCUUUGCCAUACUUUUUCAAACAUUUCCCUUUUGUUUUGUGUGUGAGCAAUUGAACGGCGACUGUGAAUCCCUAACCAACACAUUGUUUCAUUCUGAAUGGAUCGGGGCAGAACGUCGGUAUAAAACCACGAGGCUGUACUUCAUCCACAACGUCCAGCAGUCGAUUACAUUCACCGCGGGCGGACUAUUUCCAAUUAGCCUAAAUACAAACCUAAAGAUGGCCAAGUUCGCUUUCUCCGUGGUAACCAUCGUGAAGCAGAUGGACUUAGUAGAGAAAUUAAACAGGGAGUAG